AUGUCAUUCGCCGACUUUUGCAAAAACAAAGUUGACUUAGACUUUGGUUUCUCAAACCUCAACACUGAAGUAAACUAUUAUUUCAAUGCUGCUGGAGAUGCUUGGGACCCAGUUAAGUUUACAUGCGAAAAAUUUGAAUGCAAGAGAAUAGAAAGCAGACUUGCAGUCUAUAUGUUGGACCCAGAUAUUUCAAAUGCUUUAGCUGCCAAAUAUAUUGCAGUUCCACUUAUGUUCCCUAUACACCAAAUAUCUGUCAAAGACUUUGCAGGUGAAGUUGGAAACCAAAGUGCUGACCCAGGUGCAAGAACAGAUAUUGCUUUAACAACUGCAAUGAAACAUGCAGAUACUAUGUUUGUACUGUUCAGACGAACUAUAAAUGACUAUUCUUGUUUCUACAACCCUGGUAUUAAAUAUCAUAUAAACAUAGAUGGCAAAUAUUAUCCAAGAGAAGAAUAUUCUACAGUUGAGGAUAUGAGGUCAUACAACUUGACAUUAGAUGCUAUGAACUUUAACAACAACUUCACAACAACCAUUAACCCUGAAAUGCAAAGUUCUAUUAUGCCAUAUGUGAAAGUAUGGACCCAUACAGGAGCUCAAAAAACUCAAUAUACAAAUGGAGACCGUUCAAACUUUUGGCUUGGCAUUCCAUUUGCUGA